AUGAUUGCAAAGUGCGAGCUGCGCACCGUCCCGCGAACCCGCGCUUAUAAAGACCCCCUUCGGCGCGAGCGCCAGACCCGCCGCCGCGGCUCGAGCCAAGAGGACGUGAGAUCCGCACGUGCCGGCGGAGGCCGCCCGGCCGGAGCGAACGCAGCGCGGGAGCGCAGCAGAGUGCAGACCCUGAGACUCGCCUUCCUGGAGCUCCAGAGGACACUGCCCUCGGUGCCGCCGGACACGAAGCUGUCCAAGCUGGACGUGCUGCUGCUGGCCACCACCUACAUCGCCCACCUGACCAGGACCCUGCAGGAGGGCGACGUGGGAGGGCAGGGAAGCGCGAGACAGUGCGACGUGCUGCGCUCCGUCAGAGCAGAGGGAUACCUGCACCCCGUCAAAAAAUGGCCCAUGCGAACCAGGCUGUACACUGGGGCUACUGGACAGUUUAUGAACAGCUCAGGACAGACCGAGAGCUCGAGCCAAAGCCAAUCCUCAUCUACACCUCACACAUGAACCUUGCACACACCGGACUGUCCUCUCAACUCUCUAAUGUGAAAUACCAUUAAAUACCACAGGACUCAAGUAGCUCCUGCAAUUUCAUUUGGAAGCUGCCGUACAUUAUUAAUAAUGUUUCCUCUAUGCAUGUUUGUACAGUGUAACACAUUCAACUGAACUUUAUGAUGUCUACUUAC